AUGUCUUUGAACGAGGAACGGAUCACGCUCAUUUUGGACGAAUCCGCUGGCUUUGACGGGAUCCAUCUCGUUAUACCGCUUUGCGAUAUCCGCGCAAACUGCCUCUACCCAGUAAAAUAUCUCAAGUUCCUCGCCUGGGCUGUUUAUUGGCUCGAAGGCACGAUCAAACUCAACGGCCAGGUCGUUGGAGUUAAAGAUCAGCUAGCUGCAGGAGCAGUUUACACCUCCCACUUGGACGCACCUAGAGACCUAUUACAAGCUGCACCCGUCAAUCCAGACACCGCUUUCAACAAGACAGAAUCGUCAGCCUCUGAUACAUGCAAGGCGUCCUUUCGGCGCAGCCUUCUCGAGCGUGACGGACACUGUCCCUUCACUGGAGUGGUGGAAACGAUGUGUCAUGUGGCCCACUUCAUCCCAUUAUCCAAGGGCGAAGACUUCUUUAGAGCCGUUGUAGAUAGCCGUUCCCACACAGCUUCAUUCCUAGACGGAGAAGACACUGCCUUGCUCGGAAUUGACCAGAGCAAUUAUGGUAUCCUACUCGCUUCCCAAACCCAAAUGUUGAUGGAUGAAAAGUGGUCGGUAGCAAUCAUGAAGACUCCGAAUCCCAUCUUGUCCACAGACGAUAUCCCACCUCCUCCGACUUCUCGCAAGCAUCCUCUUAAAAGCUAUCAGUCUCACCCGAAGGCAGAACGAUACACACUGCAAUAUCUAUCUUUAGUUGGAAAGUACGCGACUGAUGACUACGCGGAAUGGACGCCCAAUAAUGUCGAUGCUGCAUUUGUAACCGUUACCGAACAUCCACGACCAUCCGCCCUCCUUCUUCACUAUCGCUAUGCUGCCAACGCUCUAAAACGCUGGGGACAGAACAUAGACAAACUCUCGGAGCUGCCAGGGUUCGUCGUGCGACAUUCUAAGGCUCGGGUUCCUCAUCCUUCUAAGAAACGACCUUCCGAUGCAUCGGACGAGCGACUUUCCGCAAAACGAAAGCACUCGUCAGAGCCUUCGAAAAGGUCUGAUCAUGCCGAAGGUGCCUCUAUGGAAGCCAAGGAUCCUAUGGAUCUUCUGCUGGAGAUACCCCACCUCCGUCAAAAUGUCCUUGACGCACAAGCCACCCGACAAGAGAAGCUUCGAUUGAACGUACUCGAUUGGCAAAUCAAUGCCGCGGAUUUACAGAGGGAUGAUUGAUCGGGGAAUGUGUAGAUUGACGAGGAGGCUCAACCAGGGUUUGCUGUGUCUGCGUUGAUGCAGUUGGGGAGGUAGAGGGGUGGCAGCGGUGGGCGGCGCUGGCGGACAAGAUGGUAGUUGAGAUUACUGGGAGUUCCAGUCAUUUUUCCUCGGGUUUUCUACUCGGGUUGGUGGCGAGUAGCCUACUUACUGUGGACAUGGAUGGUCUGGUGGCGGUUCAUAAGGUUUCAUUACGGACACAUAUUUAUACAUUUAUUUGAGAGUAGCGACCUCGAAGGAUAGUGUAACAUGUUCCUUCCUCGUUGUACUGCAUGGUUGUUCAAUUUUAUUGUUAAUUUU